AUGAAAACUCUUCUCAUUCCCAAACAACAACAACAUUCAUCCCUCCAUUCCGAAUUUGCCAAUAAAGUUGUCUAUGUGAGUGGAGGUUCGAGUGGAAUUGGUUUCGCCACCAGUCUUUUAUUUGCUCAACAUGGAGCACGAGUUGUUUUCACGGCACGAGAUUUCCAUCCCGAUUGGUACACUGGAGCACAAGCAGAGAUGAGAAUCAAUAGUGAUGCCAAAGUCAUACAGAGUGGAGGAAAGGCUAUCUUUGUGAAAUGCAAUGUUUCCAAUUAUACAGAGGUGAGAGAAGUGAUUUUCGGAAAGAUUGAUCGAAUGUUUGGAAGACUGGAUAUUGCUGUGAAUAAUGCUGGCAUUGGUGGACCAUUUGGAAAUCUAGUCGAUCUUGAUUCCAAAUACUUUCAUAGCGUUCAUGAUCCUCUUCUCAAUAACGCCUAUGGUGUUCUCUAUCAAAUGAAAGCUCAACUCGAUUAUUGGCGAUCCAAAAAGGACAACUCGACCACCAAAUCCAUCGUAAACCUUACCAGCUACAAUGGAUUGAGAGCCUGUGCUGGAUGUUCCAUGUAUUCUGCUUCCAAACAUGCCAUCAUUGGUUUCACUCAAUCCGUCGCAUUGGAACACGUGAAGGCCACUCCUGAGAUGCCUCGAAUUCGAGUGAAUGCUGUUGCUCCAGGUCUCAUUGAUACUCCACUCACAAGAAAUCAAGCAAAAACUCUCUAUGAAGGUAUUGAGACUUGGGUGGGUCCAUUGAUUACAGAGACCAAUCCAUUGUGGUUAAAGAUGAAAGCAGAGGUGGAGAAGGAAUUGGCAGGAGGUGUUUUGGGAAGACCAGAAGAGAUGGCUCAUGUGAUUCUGUACUUGUCGAGUGAGGAGAGAGCCAGUUAUGUGAGUGGAACUGUGGUGAGUGCAGAUAAUGGAGAUUCUGCCAAGUAG